AUGUAUUCCAUUUACGUGCAACAUAUAGGACAGGAAAAUGUAGAGAGACAGGAAGUAGAUCUGUGGCUGCCUAAGUUGAUGGAGACUGAAGACAGCAAAAGGUGGAGAGGCCCCGGCGGAAGUAGAAACCUAGGGCUAGCAACUUCACAGACCGAGGCGUUUCGGGUUCCUCCGCCGCCCCAGGACUCUCCGGACUCAGUCACUACCAGACUACGGAAGCUUCACCCUCCGGGUGCGGAAGCAGAGGAAGCAUCACAGUUGCACUCCUCCUUCCACCAUCCACAGCCUUCGGUACCCCAGGGCCUGGCAGCUCCUGAGACCCAGAAUGUGAACUGCCAAAGACCGGGGCAACUGCUGGGAAGGCGGCAGCGCCGUCUAAAGCGGGCCCGGGGUCCUUGGCCACCGCCGCUGUCGCCUUCUCUUCUUCCCCAAGAAGCAGCGCGGCGGAGAUUUCUCCGUGCUGGCGGGAGCCCGGGGGAGAGGAGUCUGGGGGAAGCCCCAGCGCCAGCCGAAGGGACCGGGCCUAGGAUCCAGAACUGCCGCUGCAGCUACCCGACUACAGCGACGCUUUACGUCCCGUCCACCACCCUCCCCAUACACACCCCCUCCCUCCCUCCACCGCCACCACCCCCCCUUCCCCGCCCGCUCCGCUCUCCCUCUCUCGAUUGGAGCCGAGACAAAAGCAACGGGAAGCGGCGGGCCGGGACGCUGCCCGCGGACCCCGGGCGCGACCGGCCCGGCCCCGAGGCAUUCCCCCGCCUUGCGAGGGCCCCGAAUCCGCCGCUCCCGUCGCGCGCCCCGCUGCCAGACUUCCGAAAAUUUGCCAAAAACUCACCGCAUGAAUUUUCUUGUCCCGCGGAUCCAAGAUGGCGACGUAUCCACCGCGGAGGCUGCUGGGAGCAAGACCUUUACCCUCUGACCCCCGCCGUGACCCCCGCCGUUCCGACUUCCCUCCAGGCGGCGGCGGAAGUUUUCUUCCUUCAGACCCCGAAACCUCCGGUGCUUGCGCGCGCGCUUCGAGGGACCAGCAGCACGUCACCAUCACUUUUUGAGAAGAAAAUUCAAGAAGGAGCAAAUCUUAGGUCCUUCCCUCCCUUUUCCCUCCCUUUUCCCUCCACAGUUCCUUCCUGCCUCUUCAGCUUUCUCUUCAACUAUGUAAGAUGUCACUCCCAGGGAAGCCUGCUGCCUUGUCAUGGGACAUUCAGACAGCCUGUGGAGAAGCCUGUGUGCCUAGAAAUAAAUUAUCCCAGCCGACAAGGAACCAAAGCCUGUGGACAACUGUUGUGGGGUCUUAGUUCCCUGCCCAGGGAUGGGACGCACACCCUCGUCAGCGCAAGUGCAGCGCCCUAACCACUGGACCGUCAAGGAAUUCCCAGCAGUCAAUUUUUUGAUUUUGUGAAACCCAUGGACUUUCUUAAGUGAAGAGAGAUAAAAAGGUACAAUUCAUAACAAGCUCCAGUCAACCACAGCUGAGUUGAUGUUAACACUGUGACUUUUAGACAGCCUCAAAGAAUGGAGGCUUGUUGCCAAGGGUAUCACCGACAUUACUAAAGGACUGAAGUUUUCAGCUUACCACCCAACCUCUAGGGAGUUGAGGGGCUGGAUGUUGAACCAAUCACCAGUGACCAAUGAUUCAAUCAAUCAGUAGUGCCUGCUAGAAUGAAACUUCCAUAAAACUUAGAAGACGGGAUUUGAAGAGCUUUCUGGUUGGUAAACAUAUGGAAGUGCUGGGAGCGUGGUACACCGGCGGGGGCAUGAAAGCCCCACGCUUCUUCCCCUGUACCUUCCCUGAGUCAUGUAUUAUUUUAUGACAAACCAGUAAUCUAUUAAAUAAACUGUUUUCCUGAGUAGUGUAAAUAAUUUUAGCAAAUUGAUCAUGAGGAAGGCUUGUGGGAAUCCCUAAUUUUUAGCCAGUAGGUAACAAACUGGACUUCUGAUUGGCCUCUGAAGUAAGGACAGUCUUCUGGGUCUGAACCCUUACGCUGUGGGAUCUGAUGUUGUGUCCAGGUAGAUAGUGGCAGAAUUGAAUUGAAUUGCAGCAUAUCCAAUUGUGUUUGCAGAGAAUUGGAGAAUUGCUUGGUAUGGGAAAAAAUUCCACAGAUUUGGUCAGGAUUGUCAGAAAUGACAUGCGAGUGAAAAAUAUAUGACAUACUGUAGUAUACAAAGCUAUACCCAAAUUGGAGUCUCUGUGAGUUUCAAAGUGUUUUUGUAGUAUGCUUCCCUAAGCUAAGGAAGGAGUCCAGUUUUCCAGUAUUCCUCAUUUCUCUGUGGCAGUUGGAAUUCUAUUAUCAAAAAUAAUUGUGUACCCAAAUUUGUACUUGCCAGCUUUUAGAUGUAAAAAGUUGGUCAUGAGCAGUGUUAAGGAGAAAUAGUUUAGCCCCCAAAUGUUUUUGUUUUAUAUUGACACCAAAAUGUUUUUCUUUUAUAGCAACACAGCCUGAAGAUAUAAAAGUUAAGGAAAUGGGUGGGCAGAGUUCCAUGUUUUCCACCUCUAACCUUCACAGAUGUUAAAUAUAGCAGUGGAAACAUUCUUGCCAUUAAAAUAUGAGCAGUAUAUUUUAAAACCAGUCAUGAGAGUCAUGCCAUCUGAUAGACUUAAUCUUUGAAUAACUAAGGUGACAUGGUCCCUGGUUCUACCCAGAUAUACAUGUCCACAACUACUGAUGCUAAACUGGAUCAUGGAUAAGAAUCAGUUUUGUCUAAGAUGUCCUUGUCACUUCCCUGGUAACGAUAGCCCUAUAUGCAAAAUGGAAAAAGAGACACAGAAAUACAGAACAGACUUUUGAACUCUGUGGGAGAAUGUGAGGGUGGGAUAUUUCAAAAGAACAGCAUGU